GGAGCUUCUGGGCGGCGGCCGAUUGGACGAGCGCGGCGCGGAAUCCGCGAACUGCCCGCGGCCCCGAGGCUCCUGGACUGACUGGCGCUGUCCUGACCCAUGGACGCCUCCUCUAGCCCGUGGAAUCCCACCCCGGCUCCCGUCAGCAGUCCUCCCCUGCUGCUCCCCAUCCCUGCCAUCGUGUUCAUCGCUGUGGGCAUCUAUUUGUUGCUGCUCGGAGUAGUGCUGCUGGCUAGGCACUGCGUACUGGCCCACGGUGGCUGCACCGACUGCAGCUCCCCCUGCAGGAAGCAACGUGCCUCCAGGCCCCAGGACUGUUGCUGGACCUGUGCAGAAGCCUGCGACUUCCCUCUGCCUAGCCCAGCCCACUGCCUGGACGCCUGCUGCCCCCAGCCCACGGAAGCGAUCUAUGCAGUCAUCGUUGAGGCACUGUGCCAGGCCCUGGGGGCUCUGCGAAAGAAGCUGGACAGGGUCCCAACCCACACGGGGCUUCCACUGCAACGAAGGGCAGAGAGGAGGAAGUAG